AUGGAUGAGCAAACUAGGGAGCGUCCAAGUCUAAGCCAUCGCUCUAAAUUUAAUACAGAGGAUGCCACCAGAAAUGGAAGAGUUCAGCCUGCGCAGUUCCAUCGAUAUGCCAAUGAUAUUGAACGACCUCAUAAAGAUGAUUUCUUAUUAACACGUUAUAGCACUGGAUUAAUGCUUGUCUAUAGAAAUGAACAUCACGGGAAUUCGAACCCGUAG